AUCACCUUGCAGGGAAGAUGAGCACAGAGGACUCUGGCAAUGGGACCUCCCAGACCCCACCUCUCCUUCUGGAGCCAGUGCCACCCAGUGCCACAUCCCCUGAGGUGAGAGACUGGCUGCCCAUCAUCGUUGGGCUGGUCUGCAUCUUCCUGGUCCUGGCCACCCUCCUCACCUUUGUCACCCUCUGCAAGGUGGUGGCACUGGGCCGGUCCCUCUCCAGCCCCCAGGAGCGCCUGCCCCACCACCCUGUGGAUGCCAACCAGCCCCAGCUGAGGCUCUGGAGGCGCCUGGGCUCCCUGAGGUGCUCCAUCAGCAGCUUCAGGAGGAGCCAGCUGCUGUCUCAGAGCCCACUGGCCUGUCCCAGAAGCUUCUCCACCAGCCAGGACGGGGACAUCAUGGAGUCCACCAAAAUGUGA